AUUUUGCCGAUGGCGGAGAGGAUGAUAACGAUAUCCCGGUAGAAGGACAUUAUCCUGCUAAAAAGCUGAGGAGAUGGAAACCUGCACCGAUAGUUCCUGAGGGAUAUGGAAAACCCGGCGAAAUGGGUAAACCGGUGAUUAUACCGCAAGAGCACGAAGCGCUCAUGAAGGAAAAAUUCAAAGAGAAUCAAUUCAACCUGCUGGCCAGUGAUAUGAUCUCUCUGAACAGAUCUUUGACAGAUGUUCGAUUAGAAGGUUGCAAAUCAAUAACAUAUCCCAAGAGAUUGCCAACCACUAGUAUUGUGAUAGUCUUCCACAACGAGGCAUGGACGACACUAUUGCGCACGAUUUGGAGCGCGAUCAAUCGAUCGCCCAGAGCACUUCUUAGGGAAAUAAUUCUAGUAGAUGACGCCAGUGAAAAGGCUCAUUUAGGUAAAAGAUUAGAAGAUUACGUUAAGACGUUCCCAGUGGAAACUAGAGUUUUCCGUACCAAAACACGAUCAGGUCUGAUCAGGGCGCGACUGCUUGGAGCAAAGCAUGUUCGAGGCGAUAUCAUCACGUUCUUAGAUGCCCAUUGUGAAUGCACAGAGGGGUGGUUGGAACCACUUUUAGCACGAAUAGCUGCAGAUCGGAAAACAGUUGUUUGUCCAAUUAUAGAUGUAAUAUCAGAUGAUACAUUUGAAUAUAUCACGGCUUCAGAUAUGACUUGGGGUGGAUUCAAUUGGAAGUUAAAUUUCAGAUGGUACAGAGUGCCGCAGCGAGAAAUGCUAAGGCGUAAUAACGAACGAACAUCACCUUUGCGAACUCCAACUAUGGCUGGUGGCCUAUUUUCCAUCGAUAAGGACUACUUUUACGAAUUGGGAUCAUAUGAUGAAGGAAUGGAUAUUUGGGGCGGAGAAAACUUAGAAAUGAGUUUUCGGAUAUGGAUGUGCGGUGGUAAUUUGGAAAUUUCGCCUUGUUCUCGUGUUGGCCAUGUGUUCAGGAAAUCGACACCAUACACGUUCCCAGGCGGAACGUCUCGCAUUGUCAAUCAUAACAAUGCGAGGCUCGCUGAAGUCUGGCUUGAUGAAUGGAAGGAAUUCUACUACAAUAUCAAUCCAGGUGCACGAGGUGUUGACGUUGGCGAUGUUUCAGAACGUAAAGCUUUAAGAGAACGUCUUCAGUGUAAAAGCUUUAGAUGGUAUCUUGAGAAUAUAUAUCCAGAAAGCCAAAUGCCUCUUGAUUAUCAUUAUCUUGGUGAUAUACGGAAUGUAGAAACUAAAAACUGCUUAGAUACAAUGAGCAGAAAAUCUGGUGAAAACUUAGGUAUUUCAUAUUGCCAUGGCUUAGGGGGAAAUCAAGUUUUCGCAUAUACAAAGCGACAGCAGAUCAUGUCUGAUGAUAAUUGCUUAGAUGCGGCUCAUCCCAAUGGACCAGUUAAGUUAGUGAGAUGUCAUGGCAUGGGUGGAAAUCAAGCUUGGGAAUAUGAUGAAGAGGCUAAGACAAUAAAGCACACAAAUACUGGCAACUGCCUUCAGAGACCGUCGCCUCAGGAUUCUUCACAGCCUUUACUCAGACCUUGUGAUAAUUCCAAAGGUCAAAAAUGGGUGAUGAUGACAAAAUUUAAGUGGCAAGCAAAUCGGUAGAAUGACUUCAGUUUGAUAGUUAUUUGUGAUUUUAGCUAAAAGCAAUGGACUUAAUAGAUGACAAAUGAAUUCGAGUAGUGAUACCAUUGAACAAAAUCAAUAUCAGUCUCAGAAAAUGUACACAAGAAGAGACGAGUUUAAUCUGAUCAUUAUUUCUAAGAAUUUUCAUAUCAUAAUUCGCUGAAUGUUCAAGUUAUGAACCAAGUUCAAGCUAUAUUUUUAUUGAUAUCAGCGAAUAUUUAAUGCAAGACUUUUAAAAGACAUUCCAU